GCAAUCUUCAGCUUGUAGAAACACUGACCCCCCCCAAGCCUGAUUCCUGCCUCUGAGGGGAGGGCAUUUGGGCUGCCGCCCUGUGUCUGUUUCUCAACCCAAAUUUGGGAGUGGGUAUCAGGUUCCCGGUGAGGGCGGAGCAGGGUGGCCAGGCCUGAAGGACGUGGGGACACCGGCCAGGGUGACUGGCCCCACACGCGGACAGAAGUGAACGCGAGUCGUGCCGGCCAACCCUCAGGAUGGCGGAAGCUCACCAGGCGGUGGCCUUCCAGUUCACUGUGACCCCGGACGGGGUCGACUUCCGGCUCAGUCGGGAGGCCCUGAAACACAUAUAUCUGUCCGGGAUCAACUCCUGGAAGAAACGUCUAAUUCGAAUCAAGAACGGCAUCCUUAGGGGUGUAUACCCUGGCAGCCCCACUAGCUGGCUGGUUGUCGCCGUGGCCACAGUGGGCUCCUCCUACUGCAACGUGGACAUCUCCAUGGGGAUGGUCUGUCACAUCCAGAAAUACCUCCCUGAGGGAAGUGGUACCUACCAGACCCCGCAGAGCCGGGCAUUGAUCAGCAUGGCUAUCUUCUCCACGGCAGCCUGGAUGACAGGCAUCUUCUUCUUCCGCCAAACCCUGAAGUGGCUUCUUUCCUACCAUGGUUGGAUGUUUGAGAUGCAUGGCCGGACCAGCCGUUUCACCAAAGUUUGGGCUAUUUGUGUCCGUCUCCUGUCCAGCCGGCGGCCCAUGCUCUACAGCUUCCAGACAUCUCUGCCCAAGCUUCCUGUGCCCACUGUGCCAGCCACAAUUCAGCGGUACCUGGCGUCAGUACAUCCUUUGCUGGGUGAAGAGGAAUAUAAUCGAAUGGAGAAGCUGGCCAAAGAAUUCCAGGAAAACACUGCCCCCAGGCUGCAGAAGUAUCUAAUACUCAAGUCAUGGUGGGCGACAAACUAUGUGAGUGACUGGUGGGAAGAAUACAUCUAUCUGCGAGGCAGGAGCCCCCUCAUGGUGAAUAGCAACUAUUACGCCAUGGACUUUGUGCUCAUCAAGAACACAGAAGUGCAGGCAGCUCGCCUGGGUAAUGUUGUCCAUGCCAUGAUCACUUACCGUCGUAAACUGGAUCGUGAAGACAUCAAACCCGUGAUGGCAAUGAACUUAGUGCCCAUGUGCUCCUACCAGAUGGAAAGAAUGUUCAAUACCACUCGAAUCCCGGGCAAGGAUACAGACAUACUGCAGCACCUCGCUGAAAGCAGGCACGUGGCCGUCUACCAUAAGGGCCGCUUCUUCAAGGUGUGGAUCUAUGAGGGCUCACGCCUACUCCAGCCUCGGGACCUAGAGAUGCAGUUCCAGAGGAUUCUGGAUGACCCCUCUCCACCUCAGCCUGGGGAGGAGAAGCUGGCGGCCCUCACUGCUGGGGGAAGAACAGAGUGGGCGCAGGCACGCCAGGAUUUCUUCAGCUCUGGCAAGAACAAGGCUUCUCUGGAUGCCAUUGAGCGUGCCGCGUUCUUUGUGGCCCUGGACGAGGAGUCUUACAGCUAUGACCCCGAAGAUGAAGCCAGUCUCAGCUUCUACGGCAAAGCCCUGCUCCAUGGCAAUUGCUAUAAUAGAUGGUUUGACAAGUCUUUCACACUCAUCUCCUUCAAGAAUGGCCAGUUAGGCCUCAACACAGAACACGCAUGGGCAGAUGCCCCUAUCAUGGGCCACCUAUGGGAGUUUGUCCUCGGCACUGACUCCUUCCAUCUGGGCUACACAAAGACUGGGCACUGUGUGGGAGACCCCAGCCCCCGGCUGCCCCCUCCCCAGCGGCUGCAGUGGAGCAUUCCUGAGCAGUGCCAGGCGGUCAUUGAGAGCUCCUAUCAGGUGGCCAAGACGCUGGCAGAUGACCUAGAAUUAUACUGCUUCCAGUUUUUGCCCUUCGGCAAAGGCCUCAUCAAGAAGUGUCGGACUAGCCCCGAUGCCUUUGUGCAGAUUGCCUUGCAGCUGGCUCACUUCCGGGAUAGAGGCAAGUUCUGCCUGACCUAUGAAGCCUCGAUGACUAGACUGUUCCGGGAGGGACGGACUGAGACUGUACGUUCCUGUACCAGUGAGUCCACAGCCUUUGUUCAGGCCAUGAUGAAGGGAUCCCACAAGAAAUCAGAACUUCAAAUUCUCUUCCGGAAAGCUUCUGAGAAGCACCAGAAUAUGUACCGCCUGGCCAUGACGGGGUCUGGGAUCGACAGGCACCUCUUCUGCCUUUAUGUGGUCUCCAAGUACCUGGGGGUUGACUCCCCUUUCCUGGCAGAGGUGCUGUCAGAACCCUGGCGCCUCUCCACCAGCCAGAUCGCUCAAUUCCAGAUCCACAUGUUUGACCCAAACAAGUACCCCAAUCACCUGGGUGCCGGAGGUGGCUUUGGACCUGUAGCAGAUGAUGGCUAUGGGGUUUCCUACAUGAUUGCUGGGGAGAAGACAAUCUUCUUCCACAUCUCCAGCAAGUUUUCAAGCUCCGAGACGAAUGCCCAGCGCUUCGGGAAACACAUCCGCCAAGCUCUGCUGGACAUCGCCGAUCUUUUCAAUUGCAAGAUUGACAGCUGAGGGCUGGAGAAAUGCCAGCUGCCCUUGCACCCCCACAUUAUGGAGGAAGGGGCCUGUGGUUGGCUUGCACACUAGGGGUGGCCAUGCAGCGGUGCCCAGGCUCUAAGGACAACUCUGGCAGAAGACGCUCCCUAGGCAGAUCCUGCUCCCAAGGGCCCAGGUGGUGGAGGUGGGGUUGGAGCAGGGAGGGGAUUCUGAUCUAUUUUCCUGCUGGAUACUAAUAAAAAAUAAGGCUGUAUAAUUCCCCCUUA